CAUAUAUUCAACUUUUGUAGUUUUAUUGUGCAUAAAUAAAUGUGCGUCUUAUGGUCGUAGUUUUCUGAUUUAAUGAAUAUCGGUAGAACAUUUAAAUACGAAAAAGUGACUUUAUGACAAAAAUCCUGACAAUUCCUACUUAAAAGAGUAAAAUUGCACCAAAUAUUAUCUGUCAUCCCAUAUCUAGUUAUCACAGCACGAUCAAUAUAUAAAGCUGUGAUUAUUAAAAAAAGACAUUGACACAUACAUUACGACCAGUAAAUAAGUGAAACUACAAAAAAGAUCCAGAUUUACUUUCAUUGCUAAUUAAGUAAUCACUUGAAACAUUAGAAUUUUAUAAUCACACUUGCAUUUGAUUGUUUUUCGGUGUUUUUCCAUCUUAACAUGAAUAAUGAAAUUUCAAAAAAUGGCACGAAACUUGGUGGUUAUGACUUCUAUCACAAAAUAUUAGGUUCUCCAAAAUACGUGGUGGCACCGAUGGUCGAUCAGAGUGAACUGGCAUGGCGUAUGUUGAGUCGUAAACAUGGUGCUCAUCUUUGCUAUACUCCAAUGUUUCAUAGCAACUUAUUUGCCAAUGAUCCAAAAUACCGUAAAGAAGCUUUACAAACAUGUGCUGAGGAUAGACCACUUAUUAUACAGUUUUGUGGUAAUGAUCCAGAAACUUUGCUAGAAGCAGCUUUACUUGCCCAAGAUUAUUGUGAUGCUAUAGACAUAAAUUUAGGCUGUCCACAGGCUAUUGCUCGUCGUGGACAUUAUGGUGCAUUUUUACAGGAUGAGUGGGAAUUGUUGGGAAAAAUCGUCAAGACACUACAUGAAAAUCUUUCUAUACCGGUUACUUGCAAAAUUCGCAUUUUCGAGGAUCGCAAAAGAACAAUUGAAUAUGCCAAAAUGUUAGAAGCUGCUGGUUGUCAGUUACUUACUGUUCAUGGUCGUACACGAGAUCAAAAAGGACCGUUAACUGGCAUUGCUGAUUGGUCGUAUAUAAAAGAAGUUAGACAAAACAUAAAGAUACCGAUGUUCGCUAAUGGAAACAUACUCUGUUUGGAGGAUAUCCAACAUUGUUUAAAAGAAACAGGUGUCGAUGGAGUCAUGACAGCCGAAGGUAAUUUACAUAAUCCAACACUUUUUAAAGGCAUAAUACCUAAAACUUGGGAUAUCGCUAAUGAGUAUUUGGAUUUUGCUGAACUCUACCCAUGUCCAGUGUCUUAUAUACGUGGACAUUUAUUUAAAAUAUUUCAUCAUUUAAUGAACCUAAGACCGAACAGCGAUCUCCGAGAAGAACUUGCUUUGGCUAAUCAAAUUGAACAAUUUCGUAACGUUGUAUCCAAAAUUCAAAAAAAAUAUGAAUGCUAUCACAAUGGUGAACAAACUUAUGAACAAGAAGAAAUGGAUCCUAAUGUUUUACAACAGGUGGAGGGGCAAAACAUUUUACUUCCCUACUGGCUCUGUCAACCAUAUAUAAGAAUACCACCAGAAACGCAUAAACAGAUUAUAGCCGAAAAGGCAAAACUCGCUGAGGAUCCAAAUCGUAUUAAACGGCAUUUCUAUGAUAACGAAGGUAAUGAAAUAUCAAGGAAGCGUAUGAAGAAACUGCGUCGUCGUAUGCGACGUCCUCAUAAUCCGGAUGGCCAACAUGAUCGCAACUUGGAGAGUUGUGAACUAUGCACAAAUCCAUUAGGAUUUAAAUGUCCUUAUCGUUUGUGCAGAAUAUGUUGUCGGGACAAAUGCUACACCGAAAAUUGUGAUUGUGUCGGUCACAAAAUUUUAAUAAAAUCUCGUCGUGCUAAGGCAAAAUUUUUUGAAGAGAAGAUAAAUGUCGCGAACAUAGGAAUUGAGAAUUUAGAAAAAAUUGAAAGUGAAUACCAAAUAAUUGGCAAAAAAAUUGAUUUAAGCGUAAAUGUGGAAACUAACUACAGUUGAUAUUGUAUAUAUACCAUAGUGCAACGAUUGAUUUAUUUUUAUAGAACUUUUUCUGAAUUUAUGGCCAAAAAAAUCUUGAAAACAUCUAAAAUCUAUUAGUAAAA